GGCUUAAAGCCUGUGUGAUCAAUCUCUUCCUCCAAGAAGGAUCAAACCUUCCUUCCUGCUGCCUGAGCAGGAAGGGCCCCUACCACCUGGCUCCACUCAUUCACGGCUGUAACUGUCCUCUUCCUGGAAUGAAAUUCCAGCUCCAUUCAGGGAGCUGCAAAGCCUGACCCUUCCAGCUUCUGACCAUCUCCAGUCUUUCUUGCAGCUCGACCUUGCUCCAAGGCAGGAUUAGCCUGAGGAUGGGAAUUCUGAUGGCAGCCUACCAUAGGAUCUCAGAAAUGGUGCAAGCGGCAGUAAUUGCGCUUCUCCUUGAGUCUCUGUCUUUUGCAGCUGGGCAGCCCUUCAUCUCUCUGACGGGCCCAUCUCAGAGGAUAAUUCCAGAAAUAUCAGAACCUUUCAACUGCACUGCUGGACCCUUCAGCUCUGGGCACUUCAAUGUCACCUGGUUUAAGAAUAGUCACGAACAUCCAGCCUCAGCCCAGUACUGGACAGCGGACAGCAAUGGCACUUACUCUGUCACCAGCAAGGCAUGGGUGACACUGACUGGAGAAGACGUCUUGUCUACGAUCACUUGUGAAGUCGCUCACAGGGACCUUGAUGAGCCCUUGCGAAUGACCAUGAACCUUUCCCAAGUGCUCUACGUUAUCCCCUCCCUGAAUAUCACCAAGUCCUCUGAGACCUAUGGCCAUGAUCAUCAGAGAGUGAACCUCACUUGCCACGUGAGCCGUUUCUACCCCUCACGCCUGCAGCUCAUCUGGAUGAAAAAUGGGCAUAAGAUCCUGGAGGAAUCCCCUGAGGUCACAAGCAACCCAGAUGGGACAUACUCUCUGGAGCACAUGCUGCCAGAGGAGGCCACACUGGACGGCAGUGAGUUUGCCUGCUGGGUGGUCCAGGGUGAUCAGGCCCCAGUCAAGGCGGUCAUCACAGCGCAGGCCUCCACCAGGAGCAAAGGAAAGAUGUCUUCAAUCCAUGACAACUUGGAAGGUCCCCAGCAGCGGUCUGAGCCAGGCACAAGCAUCCAGUUGACGUACACAGUGUUCAGAUUACAUUCACGUUCUAUUACGAUGACCUGGUUCAAAAACAACCACAAACUCCAGACCAAGCCCCAGACUAAGAUCUUCUCUAGCGGCGACACCUUUAAUAUCACCAGCACUGUGUCUGUCCCACUGGACAAAGAUGAUGUGAUGUCCUUUGUCCAUUGUGAGGUCAAGCAGAAGUCGUCACUGAUUCUCCGGAAAAACAUCAGCCUGAGCCAGUACCUCCGUGUACCCGCUGAAGUAACAGUGUCCCGUUCUCCAGUCUCCCCUGGCUUGGUGACCAUUACCUGCCAUGUGCAGAGAUUCUAUCCAGAGAAUGUGCGCAUCACCUGGCUGGAAGACUGCCAUACACUCAAGGGAAAGGAGGAACUUGUGUCCAAGAAUAAUAUUGAUGGCUCCUACACCAAGGAAAGUUCACAUUUGGUGAACACAUCACUGCAGAGGCAUGAGCGGGUGUUCACCUGCAGGGUGCAGCAAGAGGAACAGCCUUCCCUACAGGCCAGCCUUGUAUUGCCCAUAGCACUCUACACUACAAACAAGUCCACUGGGAGUCUAGGUCAAGAUGCACCUGCCUUCAUCUUUGUGGCCUUUCUCCUGGGCUUCAAAGUCCUGUUUGUGUUGAGUUUCACAGUCACCUACAUCUAUAGGUGGUGGAACCUAUGACAGCUCCUGCAUGCCCUGCGAGUGAUGCAUUGCUUCCCACCCUCUUCCAAGGGCUAAAGUGGAGAACAGAAGCCCCAAGGACCCAAGACUCUACCUUUUUCUCUGCCACCCCCACCACAGACGUUCUCUCUCCCCAUCUUCUCAUGUUCCUUCCCUCAGGGCUUUUGGACUGGGCCAAGGAUGGACUUGGGUCAUGGGACUAGAGGAUGUCUGGACUCUGAUAUACUGAAAGUCCAAUUGGCUCUGCUUCCAUUCAAAGGAGAAUGACGCUAAUUGGGAGAAAGAGAUAUCUGCUCUGCUCUGAUCAUGAACAAUCCUUAAUUUUCAGAGGAAUUUCAUUUUUAUCCAGGCUUUUAACAUAUAGAAAAUUUGAAAUUACUGAUAUGUUGAAUAAGCAUUUUUCUAUUUUGAAAUGUAUAAAAAUCAACAUAAAAAUAUCCCUGGACCUACCAUCCUAAUCUUGUAAAAUAUUAACAAUUUGCUACUAUGUUAUUCAUUUCCUUUUAAAAUCUUUGUCCUGAAUUUGGUGUUUAGCCUUCUGAAGUGUGACUUUAUAUCUUUAUUAUAUCUGUAUAAACUCACAAACAAUAUAUAGUAUUAUUUGCACAUUUUCUAUAAAUGCUGUUAUUUUGUAUACAGCAUUUUGGAACUUUUUUAUGCUUAACACAGCCUGUGAAUUUAUUCUUAUGGACACAUAUAACUCUGUUUUACUAAUUUUUCAGCACUGUAUGGUCUUCUAUUGUAGAAUAUGUCACAAUUCAUUAAUUGUUCCUAUAAUGGAUAUUGAAGUUUUAUUCAGUGUUUUUGUGAGUAUAAUUUUGCCUUAAAUAUUAUGUUUGUUUCUUUGGGAA